UUACGCAAUGAUUGGCAGCCGCUGAGCCCUCAUUUCUGCAGUCAUGAGACUGACUAGCUAAGCUCUUUCCGUCACGGGCAAAAUAGGGAAGAAGUACGGCCACGGCGAAUUGUGUUUGCUUAUCACGUGGUACAACUAGCAGCUACAAAGCGCCUUUAAUGUACCCAUUGUACCCGCACACCCACACCCAGGCCGUUUAAUCGCCGCUAGAACGAGAGAGAGACAGCCGAAAAACAUGGAGAAGAUUGCCUGUCUCUUUCUAUUGAUCUCUCUCUUUGUCAACCUGGAUCUUUGCUGUGCUGCCCGGCCAACAAACCCUUUUGGACGUAUGUUUAAAGGGGUGAAAGUAACCAGCAGAACAAGGGAGGACCCUGGAAUUCCUCUUUUUCUUACACCAUAUUUGGAGACUGGAAAAGUUGAUGAAGCAAGAGCAUUAAGUCUGGUUGGCCCACUACCAGGGGCAAAUGUCAAGAGCUAUGCUGGAUAUCUCACUGUGAACAAGACUUACAACAGCAAUAUGUUCUUUUGGUUUUUCCCUGCUCAGGUCAGUCCAGGGGAUGCCCCGGUCUUACUCUGGCUGCAGGGUGGACCAGGUGGAACUUCAAUGUUUGGCCUUUUUGUGGAGCAUGGACCUUACAUUGUGAAUGAGAAUCUUACACUGGGCUAUCGAAAAUAUUCGUGGACAGAAAAAUUUUCAGUGCUUUACAUUGAUAAUCCAGUUGGGACUGGCUUCAGCUUUACAGAUGAUGACAAGGGUUUUGCAAAAGAUCAGAAUGACGUUGGACGAGAUUUAUACAGUGCCCUCACGCAAUUUUUCCAGAUGUUUCCUGAAUAUCAAAAGAAUGAGUUUUAUGCUACUGGUGAGUCUUACGCAGGAAAAUAUGUCCCAGCUAUUGGUUAUUAUAUUCACACUCACAAUCCAACAGCAAAGGUGAAAAUCAACUUCAAGGGGAUUGCCAUUGGAGAUGGGCUCUGUGAUCCUGAAAUGAUGCUGGGUGGCUAUGCUGAUUUCCUUUACCAAACUGGCAUGGUGGAUGAAAAUCAGAAAGCAUUUAUCCAACAGCAAGCAGAUUUGGCAAUAAAGUAUAUCCAGCAGGAGAAGUGGAUUGAAGCCUUUGAUGUGUUUGAUGCUCUGCUAAAUGGAGACAGGACAGAGUAUCCCUCUUUUUUCCAGAAUGCCACAGGAUGCACCAAUUACUUCAACUUUCUUCAGUGCCAGGAGCCUUUAGACCAAGAAUAUUUUGGAUCAUUUUUGUCCCUCUCAGAAGUACGGAAAUCAAUCCAUGUGGGAAACCUAACAUUCCACGAUGGUUCUGAGGUUGAAAAACAUUUGCUUUCAGAUGUGAUGAAGACUAUAAAGCCUUGGUUAGCUGUGCUAAUGGAUAAUUACAGGAGAACGCCUUUUGAACCAGGUCAUAUGUCUUUCCAAUAUGCUGUAACUGGACAAGUUCAUCAUUUAUGUUGGUUGUUGCCAUCAGAACAACCUAAAAAAAAAAGUAAAAGAGAAAACAGAAGAGAAGUGGCAGGAUAUCAUCCCACUGCAUUCCACCUCGAGGUCUACUAGAAACCUUAAAGUGAUCUACUGGACCGCAAUCUAUCUUUUUGUCCCCCCUGCUCUAUGCUGUCUGUAAGCUGUGGAAAAGUUGUUACAAUUUGUAUCCCUGUAUAUCCAGGGUAUAUAGAUAUAUAUAUAUACACGUACCCUGUAUAUCCAAACACAAAAGUAAGUCUGACUUCUAAUAA